GGUGUCGUAGCCCCAGUGGACUGAGUCUGGUGAACUGCAGUAUACACUUCCGUCCACUGGGUGUUGUAGUUUUGCUCUGCCAAUGAAGUGAAAGAAGAAGAAGCGUCAAAACAACCCAAGCAGGAGUGGAGAGAGAAAUGAGCUUCACUUGCCAUCUACUGGUCUCCUGCUGCUCCUCCUGUCAUGGACCUUUCCUGCUGCUGCGCUCUGGUUGUUCCUGGUGGCUCCGGGCGUCCAGCAGCAGACCCCAGAUCAGCAGCAGCCUGCGAGAGAACUACCGCCUGCUGCAACUGCCCGAGGACGAGCCGAUCGGUGACGCCCGCGUCAAGGAGUCCUACCUGCGCCUGGCCAAGCUUUACCACCCGGAUUCUGGCGCUUCCACCGCCGAUGCGGUCCUUUUCGCCCGGGUCGAGGAGGCCUACCGCUCCGUUCUGGCACACCGGAGCGAGGCACGGUGUCGGCAUGCGGCGAAGGACGUAGACGAGGAGGAAGAGGACGAGUCCAAGAUUGUGGCUCCCCAGCAUAGGCACUACCUCAGCUACGAGGGUGUGGGCUCGGGCACUCCCAGUCAACGCGAACGCCAGUACCGGCAGUUCCGUGUAGAUCGAGCUUCCGAGCAGGUCCUAGACUACCGGCAGAGGGAACACGAGAGGGCGGCAGCUGCGGAGGGGGCGCUGGUGAAGCGGGACAUGCGUCAGCGCAGCAAGAAGAUAAAGAUCACCCAAGCAGUGGAGCGCCUUGUGGAGGACCUGAUCCAGGAGUCCAUGGCGCGAGGGGACUUCCGCAACCUGAGCGGCGUUGGAAAGCCUCUCAAUAAGUUUGAGCACAACCCCUACGCUGACCCCAUGACACACAACCUUAAUCGCAUCCUCAUCGACAACGGCUACCAGCCAGCCUGGGUGGUCACGCAGCGAGACAUCCGCGAGGCCGCCGCUCACAUCCGUAGCGCUUUAUUGGAGGGGAGGGCCCGGCUGGGAGAACCCAUGAACCAGACGGAGCGCGGCAGGUGGGAGGAGCUGCGUGCCCGCGCCGAGGAGGACCUGGUCAAGCUCAAUAAGAUGGUGGACGACUUCAACCUGAUCGCACCCAUGCUCCAGAUGCAGAUGGUGCACUUCAGCUUGGCGCGGGAGACGGAGCGCGCCGAGAAGGCUGCCCGACAGCGCCAACUAGAGCAGCAGGCGGAGCGGGAGAGAAAGAGGGAGGAGAUGAAGAGAGACAACGGCGCCAGCGCAAUGUCUAGAGACACAAAACCAGGCUUGGUGUCUUGGAUGCAAAGCUGGCUCAGAUGAAGGACACGGAACAACACUUUCCUUUAUUUCCUGUUCACGGCUGAGCUGGAGCCUAUCCCAGCUGACUUUGGUGCUAAUUUUGUUGACUAAACAUUUCUGUCUUAGUUACCGUCAACGACCUAUUUUCCCCCCUGACUAAAAUAGGACAAUAACUAUCAAAACAAAUACAUGUUGACUAAAACAAUGAUGAAAUUAACUGACAAUUUAGUCAAAAAUGUGACAAAAAUGUUCACGGAGAGGAAAUCCAAUCAAAUUUCGUCUUUAGUGGGUGGGACAAGUUAGGAAUCUUUCCAAUCACAGUAGCAUGUGGAAGAGCGGCAGGGAAUAAAUCAUGGAGGGAUCCAAUCAGAACUACUGUCUCUAUAAGGCAUAUUGUUUUGUUUUUUCACCUGGGAAACCAAGACUGUAUUGUUACACACCUCAAUACAAUAUGUCUUGCAGACAAAUGGACGCACUGCACCUUUGCAACAGUAGACAACAAGACACGUUUUAAAACCCUGUGACUCCAUUUUCUCCGGUAAAAAUACAACCAACUGGACGCGCCGUCUGCAGGCUAAUCAUCAGGACAUCUACGCAACACUAGUAGUACUAUUAAAUACUUUCAAAUGACUCAUACUGUACUGAAUUACUGUUACUAUUAAAGACAGUACUUACUCUACCACUACUUUUGUAGUACACCAUCGUCGAGCUUGUCCACUAUUUAAUAAUCAAGAUACAGUGCAUUAUAAUCGAUGUCCUCGGCACACUGUUCUGAUAUUAAUUGCACAACUUGACAACCCAAAAGAGCAGAUAUAUAUAUAUACAUAUACGUUAGUU